AUGCCGUUAGGCGCCCGAGGAAGGACCGACCGUCCAGCCUCGCAGCUAGGGACCCAGGGGUUUCUCUUCACCUGGAUCUUAGUCUCAUUUGCCUGUCACCUGGCCUCCACCCAAGGAGCUCCUGAAGAUGUGGAUGUCCUCCAGCGGCUGGGCCUCAGCUGGACAAAGGCAGGGGGUGGCCGGAGCCCCCCGCCCCCGGGGGUCAUUCCGUUCCAAUCGGGCUUCAUCUUUACGCAGCGGACCCGGCUCCAGGCCCCGACGGCUGCCGUCAUUCCCGCCGCCCUGGGCACGGAGCUGGCGCUGGUGCUGAGCCUCUGCUCCCACCGGGUGAACCAUGCCUUCCUUUUUGCCGUCCGCAGCCGGAAGCACAAGCUGCAGCUGGGCCUGCAGUUCCUCCCCGGCAAGACGGUCCUCCACCUGGGGCCUCGGCGCUCUGUGGCCUUCGACCUCGACAUGCACGACGGGCGCUGGCAUCACCUCGCCCUGGAGCUCCGGGGCCGCACCGCCACCCUGGUGACGGCGUGCGGGCAGCGCCGGGUGCCUGUCCCGCUGCCUUUCCACAAGGACCCGGCACUCGACCCCGAGGGCUCCUUCCUCUUCGGGAAGAUGAACCCCCACGCGGUGCAGUUUGAAGGUGCCCUGUGCCAGUUCAGUAUCUACCCCGUGACGCAGGUCGCUCCCGAUUACUGUACCCACCUGAGAAAGCAGUGUGGACAGGCCGACAUGUACCGGCCCCAGCUGGGACCCCUCCUUCCCCGAGACUCGGGCACAACCUUCACCUUCCAGACCGACCUUGCCCUGCGAGGCCUGGAGAACCUGACCACUGCCGCGCCAACCCUGGGGUCACGGCCAGCAAGCAGGGACCCCUGGGGGACUGUGGUGCCUGCCGUGCCCGCCAAGCCCCUAAGGACCAGCACCGCAGACCCUCGCCAGCGAGCUGCAGCCAGGGGCUCAGCCCGCACCCCGCUGCCACCUGCCAAGCUGUCGGCCGGUGAAGCGCUUCCUCCUGUGCCCCCCACCUCUCCUGCCACCAUCACUGCACCUGUCCGGCCGUUGCGGAAAAGCAUGGCCACCAAGAUCCCCAAAAGUCAUCCGACCAGGCUUUCGGUCCCUUCUCCUUCUAUGAUAGGCCCUGUCAAAAAUCCCCACCCCACCCCGAAGGCAGCUCAGCCCUCCUUCGCAAAGUCAGCCCCACCUACCAAGAAGCCAGUGCCCCCCACUUCCCACCCACUUCCUGCCAAAGCCUCCCGCCCCUCGGUGAAGCCGAUCCAGAGGACCCCUGUCACGCCCAGACCUCCUCUACCCAGCGCUCGGCCCCUCCUUCUGGCCACUGGCUCCCCCAAAAAGCCUUUUCUUCCGGUGGGCCAGACCGUGGCCAAGAUGAGCAGUCAUGCCAGUGAGCCAGUCCCUGCCCGCACCGGCGCCCACCGGCCUCCCCAACCCACGAUUUUGUCCCUGCCACCUGUCCCCCGUCCUGGCUCUUCCAGGAUUGCUCCACUGGCCACCUCGAUGCCUCCCACCCUUGCUCCUGGCUCAGCCCCCACCAGAAGCAAGAAACCCUCUGGAUCAGAAGCCACAAAGAAAGCCAGACCCAAGAGCAACCCCCGGAAGCCUGUCCCCCUCAUACCUGGGAAGGCAGCCAGGGAUGUCCCAUUGAAUGAUCCAACAACCAGGCCCAGCCCCAGACCGUCCCGGCCCAGCCGGCCGACCACCCCGGCCCCCGCCUUGGCCCCCGCGCGAUUCCUGUCCUCCAGUGCCUGGCCAACAAGUCAGAGCUAUCCAUUCUUCCACCUGGCCGGCCCCACGCCUUUCCCGUUGCUGAUGGGACCUCCAGGGCCCAAGGGAGACUGUGGUUUGCCGGGUCCCCCUGGGCUGCCUGGGCUCCCUGGACCCCCCGGAGCACGGGGGCCGCGGGGUCCCCCUGGGCCUUAUGGAAACCCAGGCCUCCCUGGCCCUCCCGGAGCCAAGGGACAGAAAGGGGACCCAGGGCUCUCACCAGGAAAGGCCCUCGAUGGGGCAAAGGGUGACAUGGGCUUGCCUGGGCUCUCUGGGAAUCCGGGACCUGUCGGACGAAAGGGACACAAGGGCUAUCCUGGACCAGCGGGGCACCCCGGAGAACAGGGGCAGCCGGGACCUGAGGGCAGCCCAGGGGCCAAAGGUUACCCUGGCAGGCAGGGGCUACCUGGACCGGUAGGAGACCCUGGCCCCAAAGGCAGCCGGGGCUACAUUGGACUCCCGGGGCUCUUCGGCCUGCCAGGGUCCGAUGGAGAGCGAGGCCUGCCUGGUGUUCCUGGCAAGAGGGGCAAGAUGGGUAGGCCGGGGUUUCCUGGAGACUUUGGGGAACGAGGUCCUCCAGGACUGGAUGGAAACCCCGGAGAACUGGGCCUGCCAGGGCCCCGAGGAGUGCCCGGCCUCAUUGGCGACAUGGGAGCACUGGGUCCGAUUGGCUAUCCAGGACCCAAGGGCGUGAAGGGACUGAUGGGGAACGUGGGGCAGCCCGGACUGAAAGGUGAUAAGGGUGAACAAGGGGUUCCAGGUGUGUCAGGAGACCCUGGAUUCCAAGGAGACAAGGGGAGCCAGGGAUUGCCAGGGUUCCCAGGUGCACGGGGGAAGCCGGGGCCUCUGGGCAAAGUUGGAGACAAGGGACCCCUGGGGUUUCCUGGGCCUCCUGGACCCGAGGGAUUCCCCGGAGACAUUGGCCCCCCUGGGGACAACGGCCCAGAAGGCAUGAAGGGUAAGCCUGGAGCUCGAGGCCUGCCGGGACCCCGUGGGCAGCUGGGGCCCGAGGGAGAUGAGGGACCCAUGGGGCCACCCGGGGCCCCUGGCUUAGAGGGCCAACCUGGCAGGAAGGGGUUUCCUGGCCGGCCAGGCCCAGACGGCGUGAAGGGGGAGCCAGGCGACGCUGGGCGGCCAGGGCCUGUGGGUGAGCAGGGACUUCUGGGAUUCAUCGGUCUGGUCGGGGAGCCAGGGAUCAUGGGAGAAAAGGGUGACCGGGGCAUGAUGGGACCCCCAGGCGCACCCGGACCCAAGGGCUCGAUGGGUCAUCCUGGAACUCCUGGUGCUGUUGGGACCCCCGGAGAGCCUGGACCCCCGGGUCCUCCAGGAUCUCGAGGUCCACCAGGCAUGCGGGGAGCAAAGGGACUCUGGGGCCCCCGAGGACCGGACGGACCAGCCGGGGAGCAGGGGUCCAGGGGCCUGAAGGGCCCUCCGGGACCGCAGGGCAGGCCGGGCCAGCCGGGGCAGCAGGGUGCGGCCGGUGAGCGCGGGCACUCGGGCACGCGAGGCUUCCCGGGCAUCCCGGGCCCCUCAGGCCCCCCGGGCACCAAGGGCCUCCCAGGAGAACCGGGCCCACAGGGACCCCAGGGGCCACUUGGCCCUCCAGGAGAGAUGGGACCCAAGGGGCCACCCGGUGCCGUGGGAGAGCCGGGCCUUCCUGGGGAAGCCGGGAUGAAGGGUGACCUUGGGCCUUUGGGCCCCCCUGGGGAGCAAGGCCUCAUUGGGCAGCGGGGAGAGCCGGGACUCGAGGGAGACAGUGGCCCUGCAGGGCCCGAUGGGCUGAAGGGGGACAGGGGUGACCCUGGGCCUGAUGGUGAACGUGGCGACAAAGGCCAGGAGGGCCUGAUGGGCGAGGACGGGCCCCCCGGCCCCCCUGGCAUCACUGGCAUCCGGGGUCCUGAAGGAAAACCUGGGAAGCAAGGCGAGAAGGGCCGGACUGGAGCCAAGGGUGCCAAGGGCUACCAAGGACAGCUGGGUGAGAUGGGCGUCCCUGGAGACCCCGGACCCCCUGGCACCCCAGGCCCUAAAGGGUCCCGGGGCAGCCUGGGACCAACGGGUGCUCCAGGACGGAUGGGGGCCCAAGGAGAACCGGGACUCGCUGGUUACGAUGGACACAAAGGCAUCAUGGGCCCCCUCGGACCUCCUGGACCAAAGGGCGAAAAGGGGGAGCAGGGCGAGGACGGCAAGGCCGAGGGGCCACCCGGGCCCCCUGGAGAUCGGGGCUCCGUAGGCGAUCAAGGAGACCGCGGGGAGCCAGGGGACCCGGGAUACCCUGGUCAGGAAGGUGUGCCAGGCCUCCGAGGGGAUCCAGGCCAGCAGGGCCUACCAGGGCAUCCGGGACCCCGGGGGCGGCCGGGACCCAAAGGAUCGAAAGGGGAAGAGGGACCAAAGGGAAGGCACGGCAAGGCCGGGGCUCCAGGACGCAGGGGGAUUCAGGGCCUGCAGGGGCUGCCGGGGCCCCGGGGCGUGGUGGGGAGACAGGGCCCCGAGGGUGUCGCGGGACCAGACGGGUUUCCCGGCAGGGAUGGCCCAGCAGGACAGCAGGGGGAGCAGGGAGACGAUGGGGACCCUGGCCCCGUGGGCCCUGCCGGGAAGAGAGGAAAUCCAGGUGUGGCCGGCUUGCCUGGAGCGCAGGGGCCCCCGGGAUUCAAGGGUGAAAGUGGGUUACCUGGGCAGCUGGGUCCUCCUGGCAAACGAGGGACAGCGGGAGGCACCGGGCUUCCUGGGAACCGGGGAGAACCUGGAUCCAAAGGCCAGCCGGGUGACUCUGGCGAGAUGGGCUUCCCAGGAAUGGCUGGCCUCUUCGGACCCAAGGGCCCCCCCGGAGACGUCGGCUCCAAAGGCAUCCAGGGCCCUCGGGGGCCCCCAGGCUUGAUGGGAAAGGAAGGCAUCAUUGGGCCCCUCGGAAUCCUGGGACCUUCGGGACGCCCGGGUCCAAAGGGUGACAAAGGCAGCCGAGGGGACUUGGGAUUGCAAGGUCCGAGGGGUCCUCCUGGUCCCAGAGGGCGGCCUGGCCCACCGGGUCCUCCAGGGAGCCCUCUCCACUUUCAGCAAGAUGACCUGGGCGCAGCUUUCCAGACGUGGAUGGACACAAAUGGAGCACUGAAAGCAGAGGGUUACAGCCAUCCGGACCGGCUGGUGCUGGACCAGGGAGGGGAGAUCUUUAAAACCUUACACUACCUCAGCAACCUCAUCCAGAGCAUUAAGACGCCCCUGGGCACCAAAGAGAACCCCGCCCGGGUCUGCCGGGACCUCAUGGACUGUGAGCAGAAGAUGGUGGAUGGUACCUACUGGGUGGAUCCAAACCUUGGCUGCUCAUCCGACACCAUCGAAGUUUCCUGCAACUUCACGCACGGUGGACAAACGUGCCUCAAGCCCAUCACAGCCUCCAAGGUCGAGUUUGCUGUCAGCCGGGUUCAGAUGAACUUUCUGCACCUGCUGAGCUCUGAGGUGACACAGCACAUCACCAUCCACUGCCUUAACAUGACCGUGUGGCAGGAGGGCACCGGGCAGGCCCCAGCCAAGCGGGCUGUGCGCUUCCGGGCCUGGAAUGGGCAGAUCUUUGAAGCAGGGGGCCAGUUCAGGCCAGAAGUAUCGAUGGAUGGCUGCAAGGUCCAGGACGGCCGCUGGCAUCAGACGCUUUUCACUUUCCGGACCCAGGACCCCCAGCAGCUGCCCAUUGUCGGUGUGGACAACCUCCCUCCUGCCUCAUCAGGGAAGCAGUACCGCCUCGAAGUUGGACCUGCGUGCUUCCUCUGACCUCUGACCUCCUGGCUCCUCUAGGCCUCGACAGGGAGGGAAGAGGAGGAGGAGGAGGCCAGAGGAGGGUACCUAGGGGCAGGUGGGCCCACGAGAGGCAGCUCACCUGCCCAAGCAUCCUUGGGUAGGCCCCAGCUGUUGUCUGCCCUGUAGGAGUGGCUGGGGGUGGGGUGGGGCGGGGGGCGGUGGCAGGGAACUGGGUAUCCUUGGGACCAGCUGGUCCCAGCUCAGUCCCCCAAAGACCAACCAAAGAGCCAGCCAGAGCCAGCUGGGCCUGCAACCCGCCUGAGCCCCGCGGCCUGUCUCCCAGCUCUGCGGCCACCCCCUGCCCUCCCCAGCUUCCUGCCCAAAGAGCCCCACGUUCCAGCCCGCCUGAGGGGAGGGGGCAUCUCGCCAGCUGGUCCCUGCCAGGGAGCUUUGAUGUGCAAUAUUAGAGAGGAGACAUGAAAAAGGAGAAAAGGAAAGAAAGAAGUAUAUAUAUUUUAUUUAAACAAACACAAAGAAGGUGCAUUACUAUUUUUUUUUCACCUGGGAAAGAGGUGAGAGAAGGAGCGGCCAGAGGGUGGGAUGCUGUGGAGGCCGAGAGGGGGGCGGCACGACCCUCGGGGCCGGGGGUGCCCAUGCUAGCUACCUCCCACUGUGAAAUCGCUGGUGCUCGCAAUUGUCUCAUAGUGUAUGUGAUUUUUUUUUAAGGGGAAAAAAAAAAGCCUAUUUAAGAUUUUGAAGGUGCUACCAUUUUUGCUACAGACUUCGAAGAACCAUUUAUUUUGAUGUGGAGUAUCGUCCACAUUUUGCUUUCUCCUCCAAAUGACAAAGUUUGGGGAAUCUAAAAAUGUCCUUAGUGUCGCCCUCGUGUCAGGUAAUCAACUCAGCGGGGGGAGGGGAAGGAAAAAGAAAAAAAAAAAAACAACAAUAACAAAAAAAGCAAAGCCGGAAAAAAAAAAAAAAAAGGAAAAGGAAAAAAAAGAAAAAAAAAAAACCUUCCAGAAACAGAAGCAGAAAGAUUUACAUUUUUAAUUUAUGGACUUUGAAAGGUUUGUCCUCUUCAGGCAGGGGGAGGCCUGAGCAUCAAGGAUUUGGCUUGGCCUCUCAUGGCCCCUUGGAGGGAAGUUAGGCUGGUCUUGGAAGGUGGGAUCUAGACUGGAGGGUCCUGGGAGAAGCCUGGACCUCGGAGAAAGCGGUGCGGGGUCGGCGCUGGCCUUGGAGGUGACCUACCAACCGGGAGCCGCCUUACAAGGCCCCGUACCAUUCCCCAAAUACCGUUCCCCACGAUCCUCCCUCCCAGGAGCUUGUCCCCUCCAAGAGGCGGCCGUCACUCUUGCUUUUCCACCGUCACUCAAUCCUCUAGAAACCCAGCAUCAUUAGCUCCAAAUGUAAAUGCGGACUGAGGAGAAAGAAUAAUUAUGGGGAUCUCGGGGUUCAGCGUGAUCGGGAGACUCAGUGCAGUCUGAGCCGUCCUAUAUCCGAGAACCAGGCGGCACCCAGUUGGAUUUGGAGGUUACUUUAAGUAUGGAAUUAUUUUUCUAGAAGGGGAAAUUUUAUGUGAACGUCUAUUUGUGUCUUUCUCUCUCUCUCUCUCUCUCUCUCUCUCUCUCUCUCUCUAAAGUUGUGUUUCUUUGGGAAUUGGAUUUGAUUUUCAUUAUUUAAUACCUCAGUCCAGCCCACCUUCCCCACCAGACACUCCCUGUGCGCCUCGCCCUCCCGCCCCAGCCCAGACGCUCCCCACCGAAGCGUGUUGUAGCAGCUCGGGCCUCAUCUCAGCCCCCGCUCCCCCCCCCCACCCCCGCCAGCGACCGCCUGGCCUCUGUCUCGUUCUCGGGAUCUUCUCCUGUCCUCCUAUAUGUCUGUCCACAUGUCAGUGUGUUAAACCCCCAGUGGGUUCCGUUUCUCCUUUUCCCUUCUGGAUUUUAAAUAAAUAUUUAAAACUGA